AUGCUGAUCUCCCUGACCGUCGGCAAGGUCGAUGCAGGCGUUGCCGUCCUGCUGACCAAGGACAAGAGAUUGAUCGAGUUUCCCUCCAUCCUUCUUCCGCCCAACAUCUCAUCCGGCAGCAUCGUCGACAUCACCGUCUCGCGCAACUUCACGUCCGAGCAGAAGACGCAAGCCUCCUUCCUCGCGCUCCAAGAUUCCAUCUACCAUUCCUUUGGCGAGGCCGAGCCCGCGCCUCCUGUCCUCCGCUGCAGGAAUGCAACGCAGACGUCGGUCGUCCUCGAGUGGGACCCUAUUCAGCAUGCCACGGCGGACGUCAUCUCCCUGUCGCUGUUCCGCAACAACCAGAAGGCGGGCAACAUCCCGCGGCCCACGGUCAUGCAGAGCACCAAGAUCAGCGGCCUGGCCGUCGAUACCGAGUAUACCUUCCACCUGGUGCUGCGGACGAGCGCGGGCACCUUCAGCAGCGAGAGGGUCACGGUGCGGACGCAUAAGAUGACGGAUCUGAGUGGGAUCACGGUGACGCCGGGCAUCCUGCCUGCUGCGCUGAAGGAAAACCUCACGAAGGCGAUUGGGAGGAUCGGAGCCAAAACGGCAGACACAGUGCGCAUCGACACGACGCAUUUCGUGACCGUGGAGGGCAGAGGUCUGGCCUGGGAGAAGGCAGUCGAGAUGAACAUCCCGGUCGUGAGGCCCGAGUGGGUCGAGGCCUGCGAGAGAGGUGGCAGGAUUGUAGGCGUGAGGCAGUAUUAUCUCGAUGCCGAUCCGAGACAGCGUCAGGUUAUCCCGCCGCAGGCGGAACCUGAGCCU